CGUCGCCCACCCACGGCCACUCCUUGCCACCCUCCCUGGCCGACUACGAGUCACCUACCAUGGCUGCGUACGGACAGGAGGAGGAGCUGGGAUGGAGCAAGCGUCAGAAGCAGGCCAACUUGCGGCUGCGGCAGCAAGCGCUGAACAGACGUAAGUACACCAAGCGAUCAGCAAAGGUGUAUGAAGCCAUCAAGGCGCUGGAGAGAGCAGAGAAGGAGCUACUGUCGGCGGCUGGAGAGGCGGCAGAGGCCAUGGGUGGCCUCAUCGAAGGUGCUCAUGCCCGCUGCUGCAAGGUCAGGAGCGUGUCAAGAUCCAGCCGGCGCCACCGGAGCUUGUUCAUGCUGUGGAAGACUUUAUUGUGGCAAAAAAGAUCGAUCGCUCAGAGUACCGCCGCUUCCGCACAGAGUUUGAUCUCGAGGCCGCCCGUCUCCGAGCCGGCCGCAAGUCUGCGCUCAAGGGUCGCCCAGAGAGUGCCGUCUCUGGCGCUCCUGCUACACCUGAUCCGACCGCUGCACAAGGGCUCCCUGCUGGCGCGACUCCGUCGGAGGAGCUGGACAUGGUGGUCCUCACCGAUAGCGACAUCUCCAGCGUGCGCGCGGCCGCCGAGCCGGCGCGGCCGGUCAAGAUCCGCAAGAUCAUCAUGGCGAUGGAGGCGCGGCCGCGCGAGACCGAGGCCUUGCUUGUGGACCUCGAGACCGAGCUCCAGUUCCGCAUUGUGUCGGACCAGAAGCUGCUCGACGCGCUGGGCCGGAACCCGCGGCUCGAGUUUAAGCCGGUCCAGCUGACCGUCAAAUACGUCGCCAAGACCGGGAUCAGCACCAUUCGCGAGUUGCUGGCCUUUAUCAAGGCCUCAUACACCCCCAUCUGGCGGUCGGACUUUGCCAAUGCGUACAAGGAGGUCGAGCGGGACAUCGACCGCCUUGUCCGCGUCGGCAGCGUCAUCGAGAUUCCCGAGGGUCCUGCCAAGAAGGGCACCACCCUGUACUACUUUGGUGAGCGCUACGAGCUCGACAGCGAGUUCCGGGAGAUGUAUCAGAACAUCCGCCUGCCCGACGACGAACUUGCACUCGCUCGCGAGCUAGAGAAGGAGGACGUCGCCGUCAUGAACGCCGUUACCUCGGCCAAGCACGCGCUUCCGGCUGCCUCGAACAACUCUAACAAGCGACAGAAGCUCCUUGACACCAACAUCCGAGGCCUGGACAAGUCGCAGCUGGUGCCAAUGCCGCAGUUCUGAUGCUUACCCUUCCGCCCACGGGCCUCGCGCGCUGCCAUGCGUGGGCCCUCGAGACGGAGAGCGAACGGACGUAGAGAAGAAAGCCUACACUGACAGCUUGCA